AUGGUGCCGAGGCUGGAGCGCGGCGGCUUCCAGCUCCCGAACUCCGAGCAGGAGAACUCCCUCUUCCUCCGCGCCCUCAUCUCCGUCGUGUCCGGGGACACAGCGGCCCCCGCCCCGCACCAGCUGGCGCCGUCGACGCCGCCCUUUGCUCCCGCUCCGGCGACUGCGGCUGCUGCGUGCGCCAGGUGCGGCGUGGACGGGUGCCUCGGCUGCGAGUUUGUCGCUGCGGCCGCGGCGACGACCGGGUCGAGCAGCGAGGGGGAGGAGUGCUCGGCCGCGAGCUUCGUGAAGAACGGGCGCGUGGGCAAGCGGCGGGCUGGAGGCGGCGGGAGCAAGUUCAGGGGCGUGCGGCAGCGGCCGUGGGGCAAGUGGGCGGCGGAGAUCCGCGACCCGCACCGCGCCGUGCGCAAGUGGCUCGGCACCUUCGACACCGCCGCGGAGGCCGCCCGCGCCUACGACGUCGCCGCGCUCGAGUUCCGCGGCCACCGCGCCAAGCUCAACUUCCCGGCGUCGUCGUCGUCGGCCUCCGCGUCCGCGUCUGCUACUGCUUCCUCCCGGGCGGCUACGCAGCCCCAUCCCCAGCGGCAGCAAAGGCCAGAGAGCCCUCGCGAGAAGUGCGGGUCAAAUGCGUCGUCGCCGGUGCACGUUCCGCGGCUGCCGGAGCAGGGGAGGCCGGUGGCGCGGGAGCAGGAGAUCUGGGACGGGCUGCACGAGAUCAUGAUGAUGGACGACGGCAACUUCUGGUCCAACCCCAAGCCAUGA